CAGAUCUUCUUACAAAGAAGUUGUAAAUCCUUUGUAAUGGCCAACAAGAAAGAGCCUCCUUUUUUCAAUGAAGAUAAUAUGGGACCGUUUCACUACAAGCUUCCUUUUUAUGAAACUAUGGAGCUCUUCAUUGAAACGCUCACAGGAACGUGCUUUGAACUGCGAGUUUCCCCCUUUGAAACAGUUAUUUCUGUGAAAGCUAAAAUUCAAAGACUGGAAGGUAUUCCUGUCUCUCAACAGCACUUAAUUUGGAAUAAUACAGAACUGAAAGAUGACUAUUGUUUAAAUUAUUAUAACAUUUCAGAAGGCUGCACUCUGAAGUUAGUUCUGGCUAUGCGAGGUGGACCUGUUAACACUAGAAGAGUUCCUGUGGAAGACCCUAUCCGGGAAAUGGCUGAAUACAUGCAUCCCAGUAGAGAGGAGAUCUGGGAGAAAGGGCCGUCCAACAAACAAGUUACUUUCUUAGUAUAUCGAGAAGGGGAUCAGUUGAAUUUCUUCCGUGUGGUAGAUCGAGGAGAUGGUACUUUAACACCAUUAUCUGAGUCUUUGAGUGGUGGUUCUGUUUAUAACGUAUAUGCUGAUGAUGAAGAUGAGACAGAGGCAUCACCUUCUGGUCAACAAAUUAUUGAGAAUUCAAUUACUAUGAAUAAAAUGAAACUGCUCAAGGCAAAGAUGGAGAACAUGAAUCUGAGUAAAAAGCCUAAGAAAACUGUCAAGGUGAAACCUCGUCCUCCAGUGGCUCCUCGACCAUCUAGUGGCUCAGUGACUGCAGCUCGUCACCGCUUCUUAAGAGUACUCCCCCAUAUUGGACAGUCUUGCCUACCUCCUCCUGGAAAUUCAUAUCCUUCAGAGUCUUCCCAAAAUGCACUUUCAGCAUUGGCUACUUUGGCCACUGCUGGUAGACCAAUGCCAGCCACAACUAAUGACUUCCUUAAGGAAGAUGACACUUGGCAGAGCAACUCUUGGUCUCAGUCAGUUGGUAGCAUCAGGUUACCACCAAAAAUAUCUCGUGUUGAACUUGAAAAUGCAAAACUACCUAGAAAUAGUAUUUUGACUCCGGUUUCAUCUCGGCAUGCAAAUUCAGAAAAACUAUCAGAAAACCUGACCUCAACAAGCGAGGAGGAUGCUGUUUUGUUUCCGAACUUAACAAAUGUAGAACUAUAUGGAACAGAAGAAAAACUUCUACCUGAAACAGAUGCUUUUGCUUUGUUAACAGAAGCAAGCAGUGCUGAACAGGGUAGUGAGAUAUAUGACAUAGGAAAGGUGAACACAGAACUUGGACUGUCUGAGGGAGAUGAUGAAUCUAAGGUUGUAGAACAGCAUAGAAAACCCAUUGGAAAAGUGCUGAGCACUGCAGCAAUGGGGACUGGUCUUCUUAGUACUCGUGAAUUAAGUCCACAGAAAAAUCUGCUUUUGUCACCUCUUCGAUAUUCAGCACAAGUGGCACAUCACAGUUCUCUGAAACCACAAACACAACCCAAAUGCUUUGAGGCCAGUGACUUGAGAUCUACAGCCUCCCCAAAUGUGCUUCGAUCGUUGGAAGUCCACAGUGUAGCAGACUCCUCUUUUCCUAGGACUACUAGAUUUCGUAGUGUGAAAGUAGAGUCACUUGGCAAAAGACCUGAUGUAAUUACUAAAACAGAGGCUAGGGACAUCACAGAUGCAGCUAACAAAGCAUCCAAAGAACGUGUGAGUUCUGCAAGUAACUUAGGAUUUUUGGCUUCACUUGCCCGAAGUGCAAACAGAGAAAGUUUACAGAGUUCCUGUGGGACAGGCAGGUUUCGGACUUCUGGUAUUGCACUACCUACAAACCUUCAGCAUUUUCAGGAAGAAAGCUUUAGGAAAACUGCUUCUCCAAGUGAAGCUGCUGAGUAUAUUCUUUCUGCGCAUGGGCUUGGAAUGAAUGGAAGUAUUGCAGCUGUAGGGAAAAGAGUAGCAGGUGAAGGAACCCAUCUUCCACCUGUGAAUGGCUCAAUUCAAGCAAAAAAGAAAAUUACAAAGCAUUGCUUUCUUUGUGGCAAGAAAACUGGAUUGGCAACCAGCUAUGAGUGCAGAUGUGGAAACAACUUCUGUGCAACACACCGCUAUGCAGAGACUCACACCUGCACAUACGACUAUAAGAGUGCAGGGCGAAGGUAUUUGCAGGAGACCAAUCCCGUCGUUAGUGCACCAAAGCUUCCCAAAAUCUAACAUGGAUGUGCUGCAUGUGGCUGUUCUGCCAUUGAAGAAUUGUAUUGAGUUGAGAGAAGCACUUGCUUAAACUGCAUAAUUUUGUCAUGCUCCAUAUCUAAAGAUUUGCCAAGCAACAAAAGCACAUGAGGAUGCAUCCUGUUGAAGAAUAAUGUGAACACUACUGCGGUUAAAACUUUUCUUCUUUAAUGAAUGAAAAGUUAAAGAUUAGUUUUUAAAAAUUUAAACUAUGAUUUAACUGUUACUGCACGUCUUGUGUUGUGUUUUAUAUUUUGAAAAGCUAUUUCACUAGACAAGUCUUUAAAAGAUGCACUUUACUAACUUUAUUUACUGUAUAACCAGACUUGAGGGGGUGUUGUAAUGAGGGGUGUCAUGUAAUGUCUUCUGUACUCUUGCAUUUUUUGUCCAUUGUGUGGUAUCUUCUAAGUUAUUUCACUAGAAAGAUUCUCCUCCCUUCCUUUCCUCAAACAGCCUUUUUUGAGAUUUUUAAGGGGGUAGUGUGUUCCACUCCUCUGUUCCAUUCAGAUUGGCAUUCAUACACUAUGUAUCUGUUCUGAAAAUUACAUAUCAUGUUAAUCACAUUUUCUUGAAGUAAUAGUGUUUAUAGGACAGGUUUGGUUUUAAAUAGAAAAUUCCCCCUUUAUUGCCAUUAAAUAUAAGGAACAAUUUAUUUUAACGUUUUUGUAAUCCUAGAUUUUUUUAAGACUUCAUAACUUGGUUUGUUAAGA